AGAAGUUGGAAAUAAAAGUCCAAUGACAUUACCGACGAUGGAGCUUUAUCAAAAUCACAGUAAGGUGAGCGAUGAAAUCUACGAUCUGCGACGGUCGUCUGUGAAACAAGAGAUAAAAGAGAUUCGCUAUGUCGAUAACGUUUACGAGCGAACGAGGGAUGAUCGCGAACGAUUCGUGAAAACGCCAAACAAUCAUCAAGAUACGAUGGAAUGUGCGUCAGAUUCGAGUAGCGAGAGUUACAAAGAGAUUCGUAGGAAGCAAAUGGAAAGAAAAGAUUCGUCACCGGUUGCUGCGGCUAGUGCCUUUACGAUUGACAACAUUCUUGGCAGACGCGAAACGAAAAAUAUCCAAGUACCUUCUAAUUUAAAUUAUUCCGAUGACAGAGAAGAAGAUCGAGAAGAGAGAGAGGCGAAAAUGGAAGAGAAUCAGUUGUUUAUCAGACCAACGGCCGUAUCAGCUACGCAAUCCGAUAUGAACACAGGAUUAUACGCAUCAGCAGGAUUAUCGUACUCGGAAGUCACGCUUUCAGAUCCUUCCGCGUAUUCAGCGACAUCCCUUGCUUCUGCAUCCAUUUUAUAUAACAGUUGGUUCGCUCAAUCAAAACCUGGCCAACUGUUUGGUCUACAAGCGCCCAAACCGAGCGGAAGACGAUCCAGAAAACCGGGCAUCGACAGAAAACCGCGUCAAGCGUACAGUGCGAAACAGUUGGAAAGACUUGAAGCGGAAUUUAAGAUCGACAAGUAUUUAAGCGUGAGCAAACGAAUGGAACUGUCGAAAUCCCUAAAUUUGACAGAAGUACAAAUAAAAACAUGGUUUCAAAAUCGUCGCACCAAGUGGAAGAAACAACUUACCUCCAGAUUAAAGAUUGCCCAAAGGCAAGGGCUUUUCCCAUCGGCAUACUUUCCACCGGCUCAGUACUCUUUAUUACCGUACUACACUACGCCGCUUGUGUUUGGAAGUUCAGCGUCAGAUGACGCCAAUAUUAACGCGAUGGCGAUACCAUCACGAUCUGUGGCAUCGUCGCCGGAUGCUGUUUGAACGAAUAUCGAUUCGAACUACUUAGCCGACGUGAGACACGAGCGCGAAUCAAGUGCAACGUACCUCGUCUAUGGUGCGAUUAAGACUCAAUUUCUCGAUUCAACGUAUAUACUUACGAUGAUUUCAUACUGACGACUGAAGACAUGC